AUUAAAAAACUUAAGUUCGAUGUCGGUGAUAAUAUUAUCUAUCUAAAUGUGAUAAUCAGCGGAGUACAUCCAAAUAAUAAUUUAGAUAACACGAAAAUCCUAUUAUUUAUUACCGAUUAGUUUCGACGACAGCGCAUUACCUGGUUAAAUAAUAAUUAAUAUCGAUAUUUUCCAUUAUAAAAUUGUAAAAAAAAACAAAUUAGGUACCUUGGGUACUUGGGAAUAUUACUUACUGCUAUAAUUUUUGUUUAUAUAUCGCACAAUAUAUUAAUAUAGUUUUUUAAUUCAUAAAAAAAUCAAUAUGAGUUUUAGCCGUGUUUCAUGUAGAUUUCUAAAAACUGCUAUUGGAAUACAGAACAAUGUCAGAAGUUUUAGCUGCACUAAUCACCAAGCAAUGCGAUUUGUUCAAUACAGAGAUGGUUGUGAUCGAGGGUUGGGUAUCCAACUGAAUGGCGGUGAAUCAAUAGUGAGCUUGAGUGGCGCAGAUCCGACUAUUCCUGUAGACAUGGUAUCAUUUUUACACAGUGAAUACUCAAUUGAAAGAAUCGAAAAGAUAGUUAAAGAAAAAAAGAAAAUAUUACAUUCGAAUCAGGUUGAACUACUACCGUGUAUUACUAAACCAGAUAAAGUAAUAUGCGUAGGGUUGAAUUAUAAGGGACACUGUGAUGAACAAAAGAAACCAUAUCCCAUAGAGCCAUUUUUUUUUUCAAAAUUCCCAAGUACAAUUAUCGGCCCAAAUGAUGCUGUAAGGCAUUCAUCAAAAUCAAAAGCACUAGAUUGGGAAGUAGAAAUGGCUGUAGUCAUUGGAAGUACAUGUAAGAAUGUAGAUAUUGAGAAUGCAUACAAAUAUGUAUUUGGAUACACUAUUGCUCAAGAUAUAUCAGCAAGAGAUUGGCAGAAAACUAGAAAUAAUGGACAAUGGUUGAUCGCAAAGAGUAUGGAUACAUUUUGCCCAUUGGGAUCAGUUUUGGUACACAAAAAUGAAAUUCCUGAUCCACAUUCACUACAAAUAAAGUGUUCAAUUAACGGUGUCAUGAAACAAAGUGGUUCAACUGAAGAAUUGAUUCAUAGAGUUGAUAAACUUGUUUCAUUUUUGUCGAAUUUGAUCACAUUAUUGCCAGGAGACAUUAUUCUUACUGGAACACCUAAUGGAGUGGGCGUAUUCCGAGAACCAAAAGAAUUCUUAAAAGUAGGAGAUAUCAUUGAAAGUGAAAUAUCAUGUAUUGGUAAAAUGGAAAAUCCAGUAAUUGCGGAUAAAUAAUAUUCGAGAUUAUUAUUAAUAUUUGUUAUACUGUUAUAAAUGUUAAUUAAUUUGAUUAGUUUCUAAGCAAAUGUUUAAAAGUUAUUUUUAAAUGUAUACAAUUGAUGAAUUUGAAUGAUUUGAAAAGUUAAACAAAAUUAUUAAAUAAUUUAAACAUACUUUGAAAUAUCAUAUUCAUGGGUAAACUAUUAUCCAAUUGUAAAAAUAAAAUAAAUUGUUAAAUCAAAA